AUAAAAAUUCUAGCUAAACCGAGGAAUAAAGAGCGAUAAGCCCGGUGUCUGUCAACACUCCAGAAGAGCCGCAGCGCAAAGGAGACUCCUUUGUGGCGUGCGCGACCAGCAUGAAGCCACGUCCACCGGCGGGGGCGUCGUCCGCUUCCGCCGCGCCGCCCAGGCUGCGGCCGCACCUGGCGCGGCUCGCCUCCUUCCUGAUCGUCUUCGCCGUGGGCUACUCGCUGGGCCUCCUGUCGUCGUCCACCCGGCCGCCGCCACCGAGACCGUCCCAGUCCCAGUCCCAGUCCCAGGCGACGACGAUCGCGCGGCCGCACGCCGACGCUUUAUUCCCGGCGUCGUCGAACUCGAACGGGACCGCCGCGUCGAGCUACCCGCGGUCGCCUCCGCACGACCUGUUCCGGUUCAGGGAGCGGUGCGGGGAGCCGGUGCCGAGCGACGCCGUGGUGCGGACGCUGCUCGACAGGCUCUUCGGCGGCGAGAGCCCCUACGCGGGGUUCCCGCCCGAGCGCACGGCGGCGCUGCUGCGCCCGGCCGCGGCGCGCCCGCGCGGGUGGGGGUCGACGGGGGCGGUGUUCGCGGAGCUCAUGGAGGCGGUGCGCCCGGCGGUGGUCGUGGAGCUGGGCGCGUUCCUGGGCGCGUCGGCGCUGCACAUGGCGGCCGUGGCCAGGAACCUGUCCCUGUCCCCGGCCAUCCUCUGCGUCGACGACUUCCGCGGCUGGCCGGCGUUCCGGGACCGCUUCCGCCGCGACGUGCCGCCGCCGCGGCACGGCGACGCGCUGCUGCUGCCGCAGUUCAUGGCCAACGUCGUGGCGGCGGAGGGGGCGCGCGUCGUCCUGCCGCUGCCCUUCUCCACGGCGUCCGCGCUCGCCGCGCUCUGCGAGUGGGGCGUCUACGCCGACCUCAUCGAGGUGGACGCCGGCCACGACUUCCACUCGGCGUGGGCCGACAUCAACCUGGCCUGGGCCGUGCUCCGCCCCGGCGGCGUCAUGUUCGGCCACGACUACUUCACGUCCGCCGACGACCGCGGCGUGCGCCGCGCCGUCACGCUCUUCGCCAAGGUCAAGGGGCUCACCGUCCGCCCGCACGGCCAGCACUGGGUGCUCUCCCCGAAGCCGCGAGGGCGCGCCGACGACGCCCGGCGACGGUGAGGGCUCGUUGCUGUCGGCUGUCGCCGUCGCCGCGGGGCCGUGCACUCGAUCGCCCGGCACCGAACCUGACGUGUCCCGUACUCCCGUUGCACCAGCGGCCGUAGCACGCACCCACCCGCCUCGAUCGAAAGCUGAUCGACGAAAAAGGUUGCGCCGCCCCCGCCACUGUUCUCUGAAGCGCUCGUCUCAACCACCAUUUGCUUUUGCUGUAACACUCUUCUCUAACUACGCCGGGAUCAUACAAGAACGAUACAAUAUUGUAUUCCAAUACGAGACGUUUACGUGUAGAUAUAUAUAUGGACGUUCGGACACGGCAA